CAUGUGUGGAACGUAUACGCCAUGGCAUACCCAAUGAAUACAAUGUUGUGUCGCAUACAGACUUCCUCUGCAGUUUGUGGAACGUAAAAAGCGAGGAAAAACAGAAAUCUAACAAAAAACAUAUCCCUUCGUGCCUGGAGCCGAAUCAACGCUAACACACAAGUGCUCGUGUAUGUGUAUGUGUGUCGCAUUCGUACAAAUACCUAUCUCCAUUUGGUGGUUCAUUUCGUUUGAGUUCAGUGCAGUUCAACUCGGUUCAGUACAAUGCGAUACAGCGAUACACAGCGGCGGCGGCGGCGAUUUGCUCGAGAUUCGAGUUGAGUUCAGUUAAGAUGUGCAAUUCAAAUGGUGCGAACGUCUGUUGGCGGUUGCUUCGCGUUACGCGUCAAACAAUAAACUGAAAUUGUAAUUGAAAUUAAAGUUGUAAGAUUAAAAACAAGUAGUGCACAUACAUAUGCUAUAUAUAAAUAUAUAUAAAAAAAUAUUUUGUGUAUUAAUCGUUUGUGAGAACACGCACACACAUAUAUAUUGAAAUAAAUUAAUUUUUUUUCUUGUGGUAAGCGCUGAAGUGUCUAUUGUGUGCGUGUGGCAAGUAUAAAUACAACACGGUUACUAAGACUUCCGUUAGUCAAUAGCUUGCCGCUUCAAUAGCAACGCUCUAAAUUUUGAUACUUUUUAUUGUUGUUGUUGUUGCUACAAACUAACAAAAUGAUGCUGAAAGCGAUGAUAAUGAUGUUGCUAGUUAUCUUUGUUGUGGUGCUGUAGUGACCACUAGCUUACAUUACACGCGUGCUCAGCUGUGUGUGUGUGUCUGCGUCGCGAUCGCUUACUUCCGCUUAUAAGCGCCUAUAUGCUGUCAGCGCUUCCGUUUCUAUCUAAAAUUUAUUGGUUUUUCCGCUUACGCAAAUUGUUUUGCCGCAAUUUUUAUGUGAAAAUUUCUAAGAAAAAUUUUUUGGCGAAAUUGCAAAAUUGCGGAAAACAACAACAAAAACAAUAAAAAAUUGUGAGUCCACAAAUUGUAACACCUAAAUAAAUAAACAAAAAUAAAUUGUGUGGCGCGCACGCUGUACAUGGCAAUGCGAACACGAACACGCCGAAAAAAAUGCGCGAAAAUACCGAAAAUAUCAAAAAUACCUGUGAAAUAUUUGCGCUAUAUGCGCCGCGUGUGUCGAUAGUCGGUGUAUGCAGUGAAUGAAAUAUAUCGCUGCCAAUAAGCAAAGAAAUUACAAAUAUUUCGCAAAAUCAAUUAAAAAAGUGCUGAGUUUCCAAAGUAAAAUGCAAUCAAGCGGAAUAUGAAGUGAGAAAAGGCGAAAUGUGCGAAAUUUUAGCGCAAAACUAACAUGCAACAACAACUACAAAACAACAACAAAACAAAAGAAAAAAAAAUAAAAUAAAAAAUCACACAAAUAAAUAAAUGUAUUAAUAAAACGGCGCGAUCAAAGCGCGCUUUUUGGUAAAAGUGGGCGCGCCGCGUGAAUUCUAAAUGGAUAUUGUAUUGGAAAAUGCUUGAUUAAUAGUAUGCGGCUAGCGUACGGCAUUGAAAUGUGCCAACGCAGUACAUGUGUUACGGAAAAUUUAUUGUACGCGGAAAAUAGUAAUUGAAACUAGCAACAACACAAAUACACACACACACUAGCAACAACAAGCGAGCGAAAAUAUUUUUAAAGCAAUAAAAAAUAUGCUUUAGAAAAGAGAAACUGAAAGUUUGUGGUAGAAAUGAAAGCCUAGCAGCAUAAAAGCAACAUUUAAUCACGCACAAUACACAAUCAUUUCAAGCACAUUAACCGUUAGACUAAUAACAUUGAAGGUUACGCACGGCGCUUAAGUGGUUGGAACGAAACGAAAAAAAAUUCAAAAAAAUAAUUAAUUAAAUUGAAAUACAAGAAAAAAGUUGCAAGAAAUACAAAAAUAAAAACAGGAAAAAUUUAAAAAAAUUUUAAAAAAGUUUAGAAAAAAUUUCGACAAAUUUUUCCAAAAAAAAAUUUAAUAAAAAAAUGAAUUUAAAAAAUUUUAAAAAGACAUGUGAAAUAAAAUAAACAAUACAACAACAAUUUCUUUUAAUUACAAAAAAAUAUGAAAAAUACAAUUGCAUUAAAAUAACAAAAUUUUAAAAAGACAUGUGAAAUAAAAUAAACAAUACAACAACACAUUUUUUUAAUCACAAAAAAUCCACCCAAUAAUUUGAAAAAUUUUAUUUCAAUAUAAACAGCAAUUUAUAUGCGCAUUUAUUUAUUUUUGAACAACUACCAAGCAGAUACAAAUCAAUACAUACAAAGUAUCCCUAUAGCCAUUAUAAUAUACACGUGUGUGUGUUUGUUAAUAAAUCGCGCCGAUCACAAAAUAGGCAGCAGCCGGCAUGUAUUUAAUAAAAACAGCAACAUUGAACAGCUGUUGAGCUGAUUAGCCAGACGAUUGGCUGUGAGUGCUGAAAUGCCAGCGACGUCAAUAGCGCGCACACAGACAAGCACACAAACAAAAAAAGCAGCGCUAUAGGCCCACUUCAGCCGCGCCAGUGCUAAAACACUUAGCCAUGUAUAUAUAUAUAACUGUAAAUAAGCAAAAACUCAAAAGGCUAAAGAUGACAGACUAAAAAUAACCGUUAUUAUGUAGCCCUACACACAUACAGACACCUCAAUACAUUUAUGAGCUAGCUAGCAUGUGCAUUUCCAUUAUUAAUUAUUGAUUUCCACUUUCAAUGUGUGCUCCUCACAGCAGCACAGGAAACGUCAGCAUAUAUUUCUACUAUGCUUGUAAAUAAGCGAUUGACAAAAGCAAAAACAAACAGAAAAAAAAAUAAAAUAGAAAUAUGUAAUUAGCUAAUUAUUAAGCAAUAGCCAUACUUAGUCUACUUGAAUGAACGCAAGUUUCGGUGAAAAACGGGUAAUCACUAGCGUCUAGCGUGUAAACAAAAUAAAAAAAAGAAUUUAAUUAAAAUAAAUUAAAAUUAGUCAAAUAGCGUAAUUAAAGUAAAAUAAAAUAAAUAAAUUAAUUAAUUUAAACGUAAAAUAAUAGCAGUUCACUACAUAGUAUUUGCAUAUUCAACAAAAUCAAAUUUCGGGUUAGUGUAAAAUGAUCAAAACUAUGAAAUACAGAUGAAAAGUGUGAAUAUUGUUAAAUAAAUAAGAAGGAAAUCAAUAGGAAAUGACUACCACACGAUUAAAUGAACCAAAGCAACACACAAAUCAAAUAAUUCGAUACAGUGCAAAAUAUAUAAUUAUUGAGAGAUGAUUAAAAAUAAAUGGUGUGUAUUUUAAAGAAGAAAAAAAUUUACGCCAAAAGUGACUAAGUGAGAAUAGUAAAUAAAUAAUUAAUAACAAAUAAUUAAAACCUAAAAUAAGUAAUAAUAAUAAAAACUAUAAUACUUCGUCUGCGUCAAGGUCAAGCGUGUUUGUGUGUGUGUGUACUCUUGCCAAUAAAAUAAACUUAAAUGCAAAGAUAAACGCAGCUCAGCAGCGACGAGCCCCCAAGCAACAAGAAAUGCUUAUCGAGGCUAAUAAUAUAAAAGAGAGACCACAAUACACACUCACUGGUAACGCCAAAGUGCGGAAACACGCCCCGUCUGCGAAGUAAUUUUCUAGAGUAAUAAAUAAAUUAUUGCCAGUAGUUAUAAUAAAAGUAAUAGCAAAAUAGUAAUAAACGCCUACGCAUUAAUUCAACACCAACCCCACCACCAACAACAAAAACAAAGAACAAAAACAACAACAACCACCGCUAGCACUAACAACACAGCAAUAAGAGCAUUUGAGAAGUCGCAGCAGCAGCACUAGUACUCGGCUGCAACAACAACAACAUACCGAUAGUAACGGAACAAAAUAACGGCACAAAAUGGAUUAUAGCCAAUUAGAUGCGGAUAUCAAUGGCAACAUCAAUACGGGCAAUAUCAAUACAAAUGACUUCCUGGCCAUAUUCUCAUCAACAAGUCCCACCGAUGUGACUGCAACGCCUGCCUCAUCGGCGGGCGGCUGGCCUGGCGGCGGCGGCGGUGGUGGUGGCAGCGGACACAAACACUACACACAUUUAUCCGCCCCGCCCCGCAGCAGUAACGGUAGCGUGUACUUCACCGGCAGCAACAACAGCAGCAGUGCACCUACAGCCUUUAGCAAUAUAACAACAACACUACUCAACCCGCCACUACUAACCGUCGAUGCUGUUGAGGGUGUCGCUGGCAGCGGCGCUUCCAAUCAAUAUGGUUUGGGAAAUCUGCUCGAGAGCACAUUGCAGGGCGCCAUCACUACGCUUAGUCCGAAUAAUUAUGUCAACGACAGUUACUAUUUCUUGAAUAGCAACUUCUAUAACGGUAGUAUGAGCUAUAGUGGCGGCGGUGGCGCGGGCAAUUAUAGCAAUCAAACGUUGACGGGCAACAGUCUGGCCGCGGCGAAUAUGUCAUCCAAUCUGACGGAGGUACAAUGGGAUGGACGCUAUCCGAGCGGCUAUACCUUGGCGCAAAUCGUCAUUGCUUCGGUAAUCGUGACCAUAUUGAUGAUUAUCAUUGUGGUCGGCAAUAUGCUGGUCAUCAUUGCCAUUGCGACCGAGAAGUCGCUGAAGAACAUACAAAAUUGGUUUAUUGCCUCGCUGGCGGUGGCGGACUUUUUUCUCGGCCUGAUCAUAAUGCCCUUCUCGCUGGCGAACGAACUGAUGGGCUAUUGGAUAUUCGGCAGUUGGUGGUGUGACAUACACUCGGCGAUGGAUGUGCUGCUGUGCACCGCGUCCAUCAUGAAUUUGUGUCUGAUUUCGUUGGAUCGCUAUUGGAGCAUCACGAAGGCGGUGGACUAUCUCAAGUCGCGUACACCGGCGCGUGCUGCUUUCAUGAUUGCCGCCGUAUGGAUAAUGUCGGCGCUGAUUUGCAUACCGCCGUUGCUGGGUUGGAAGGUGAAAAUGCCGGAGGGACCGUUGCCGAAAUGUGCGCUAAGCGAAGACAUCGGCUAUGUGUUAUACUCCGCAUUGGGCUCUUUCUACUUGCCCAGCUGCAUUAUGGUAUUUGUCUAUAUACGAAUUUAUUUUGCCGCCAAGGCGAGAGCGAGACGCGGCAUCAAAAAGCAUCCGCGUAAAACAAACAACGAACAGGUAACGAGCUUCACCACCAUCGGCAAGAAGGGCACCAUACCCAUGCCGUCGUCGAGUGCCAUGAGCGCGCUACAAAUGAAUCAACAGCGUCAAAUAGCCACCAUCGAAACACCACCGAACAGCGCCUCGCUGCCAAUGCAAAUACCCACAGUGACGUGCGAUCUCGCGUCCGACAUUUCCACCUCUGAGGCUGCCGAUAUGGAGCCGCAUCCACUUGUCUAUCCCAAUGGUAAUUCGAAUGUACCGUCCCCGCUUAGUAUGCUUACGCCCGGCUCGCCCAACUGCACGCUCAGUGCGACGGAUAAGGAAACGCUGAAGGUGAGCACAAUAGCGACGGGACGAGGGGCGCUCAAUGUGCCUGUGCCGCCGUCUAUGGCUGCCGCAGCAGCGACAGCUAAUUCGAAUACACCCAACAACAAUAACAAUGAUAGUGUCGCGCCCAUUGACAUGGAUGGCACAGCGACGGCGACAACAACGACAACGGGUGCAGCAGGCAAUACAGCGGUUAGUGGUGCGACGUUAACCACACCGAACGCCACCGUUGGCGCUUCGCCGAAUGAGCUACGCGUCUCACCUAUUGCCGCACGUUGUCGUGCGCUUUCGGUGGGAAUCGAUACCGAUAUGGUAAGCGAAUUCGAUCCAUCCAGCUCGGACUCGGGUGUGGUGAGUAGAUGUGCGGUGGUGAAACCGUUAAAGUUUCGUCUCUGUCAACCGAUAUUCGGACGUAAGACGACGAAUCAAACGCGUCGCAAUGAGGCAAAGGCGGCGGCGACGGCCGUGGCGACAGCGAAAACGCUGAAACCCUGCGAAGUGGCGAAAGGUGAACUCGAACCGGCCAUACCGAAGCUACAGAAGCCACGCGAUCCCGAGAAGGAGAAGCGACGCAUCGCGCGAAAGAAGGAGAAACGUGCCACGCUCAUAUUGGGAUUAAUUAUGGGCAGUUUCAUUGCCUGUUGGCUGCCAUUCUUCUUCCUCUACAUACUGGUGCCGGUCUGCGGCAACUACUGCAACAUACCAGAUUUCGCGUUUGCGGUCGCAUUUUGGCUCGGCUACAUGAACUCCGCCUUGAAUCCGGCCAUUUACACCAUCUUCAAUAAGGACUUUAGACGCGCCUUUCGUCGCAUACUAUUCAAGUGAUGUUUGGCCUAUGUGUGCUGUUAUCGGUGCGUUCAUGCGAGCAUUGAGAAGGCCACCGAACGUGCCAUGGGCAGCACACCCGUCGGUUAUGGCAUGUACCAUUACCGGCGAUAGAUUUGGUUAUUUGCUUUUGUACGCUAAAUUACAAUAACAAAAACAGUAGCAAACACCAACAAAUAUCAGAAUCCAAUCAUUUAUGCUGCACUCAUGCGAAGUACAAGCAAGUUACAACAAGAUACAACAACGUGCGCGCGGAAAACUAUUAUAUUUAAGCUAAUUAAGGUGACGCCACCAGCACAGUGAAAGGCGGAGAAUCUCACACUUUGUAUGUCACGAAUAAUAUUGUUGUUGUUAAGUUAAUUAAACUAUUAAACAACAACAAAUUAAAGAAUUUGUAAUAAAGCAAAACAACAACACAAAUAAAGUGCCA